CACUUUCAACAACACCUCUUCUCAACAUGACAUCCAAAUCAAGCAAAAAUGCGUCUGAUGGUGAAAAGAUUAAUGUCUUGUUCGUCUGUUUAGGUAAUAUAUGCAGAAGUCCAUUAGCCGAAGCUGUAUUUAAUCAAAUGGUGGAAAAGAAUGGUUUAUCAUCAAAGUUUGGACAGAUUGAUUCUUGUGGAACGGGUGCUUAUCAUGCAGGAGAUGGAUAUGAUGAUAGAACGAUUGCCGUUUGUAGACAGAAUAAGGUACCUAUAGAUGGUGUUUCACGCAAAGUUCGAGCGUCUGAUUUUGUUGAAUUUGACGUCAUCUUUGGAAUGGAUGCCAAUAAUGUACGCAAUUUACAACAAUUGAAACCGAAAUCAAGCAAAGCAGAAGUGUAUCUAUUUGGUGAAUUUGAUGAUAAGAAGCCGAUUCAAGAUCCAUACUAUGGCGGAGAUCAUGGCUUCCAAGCUGCCUACAAGCAAUGUGUUCGAUAUUCUCAAGCUUUCCUUGAUCAUUUAGGAUUCGAAACAUCAAAGAUUUGAUAGGGAUUCACACAAAUGUAUUUUUAGUAAUAGAUGAGAGGAUAUAUGAUUUGAUUAUAUAAAACGCGAAGCCAUUGAUUCCAAUUCCGCGCCCGCUACUUGGCUGUUGAAGGAUGUAUGCAACGUGUGCAAGCUAACAAACAACACGAUUGAAUCUCGCCGAGCAAAACCAAUACCUCGCCCCGCACUCAAGUGGGGUAAUUAAACUUGACAUACUUUAGCCGUAUGAAUGAAU